AUGAAAGGACUCAUCAUUCAAGGUUCUGCUGUCCUCUUGAGUUGCCAAGCCAUUGCUCUGUUGGGAACCGUCAAUGCCUUUUCCUUCCGCAAGCAGCACACCACUGAAAUUCCCACGGUUUCCAGAAAUCAGCAUCAGUUGUACCAACUUGGACUCGCCCCGUCGCAUUCUCCAUCGUUGGUUCUCUUUCAGUCCAUGGAGGACGACUCGGACAAUGAACCUCCAGCAUCGUCAUUUUUUCCAGAACCACUAAAAGGAGCAAGCAUCAGCGAUAAUGAGAUUGUCAACGACAAUGAUGAAGCAGCAGCUCCUUCCUCCAAAAAGCAAACAGAAAGCAUUGCAUUCUAUGCCGACGAGGAGCCAACAACAACAACAAAUGAGGAUCUGAAAGUGUCCGUCACAGAGGACAAUUCCAAUAAAUUGCGUACGGCCGCUUCUCUAUUUGAUUACGAUUCGGCCUACGUCGUCUUUGCCUCGGCCAUUAUUGGAGUCCUGUCGGGAUUUGCCGUUGCCAUUUUCAAGUUGUCCAUUGAAGCCGUCCGAGAGACCGUCUAUGGAUCCGCCUUUUCGGAACGAUUCGUCUGGUGGCUCAUUCCUGCCUUGGUCGGAGGUCUGGGUGUGAGUCUGAUCAGUCUGACUGGAGAAAUGGCUCCUGGUUUGCGGGGAACUGCCAACGAAGUGGAUGCCCUUUCGCUCGACGUCCAAAAGGAUCAACGCUUCAAGAAUGCCCUGAGAUUUUUGCGAAAACCCUUGGCGGCCAUUCUCACGUUGGGCAGUGGAUGCUCCUUGGGACCGGAAGGGCCAUCUGUGGAAGUGGGAAUGACCAUGUCUCGUUUGUGCAUGCCACCCUCCUUGCAACGCAGUGAUAUGCUGGCCGAAGUGGACGCUGCGGCACGCCUACGACGCAAUCGAUUGUUGCUGUCAGCGGGUGCCGCCGCAGGUGUCGCCGCCGGUUUCAAUGCUCCCCUGGCGGGUGUCUUUUUUGCCUUGGAAAUCUUGCAACAAAACCUUCCUCCUCUUACCAUUUCGGGAUCCAGCGGUCCCUUGACCAAGAGUAUUGGAAACAACCGAAAGGAUCAAAUUUCAUGGCAGCAGCAAGUCCAACAGGACUACCUGUCUUCUGGAACUGGGUCGAUUACCGCCAUUCUAAUCGCAUCAGUUCUUUCGGCAUUGGUGUCACAAGUGUACUUGGGAGAAGAACUGGCGUUAUCCGUCCCAUCGUAUCAACUCAAUACACCCCUGGUCGAAUUGCCAUUGUACCUAUUGUUGGGAGUUGUAUCAGGCGUGGUCGCUGGUUCCUUCUCGGCCUUGGCGCAACUGUCCAAACGAGUCUUUGAUGGAUUGAGUGGUCCCAAACGUCUCCGCAACCGCAUGAAGAAGAUGCCCCAAUUCUUCAAACCCAUCCUGGGAGGACUCUUUUGCGGAGUCAUGGGAUUGGCCUUUCCGCAAAUCCUGUUUUUUGGUUACGAGACAUUGAACGCACUCUUGGCCAAUACCAGCAUGUCCUUGGGAUUGAUUCUCUCCUUGUUGGCGGCCAAAAUUUUGGCCACUGCGGUAUCGGCCGGAAGUGGACUGGUAGGGGGAACCUUUGCACCAUCUCUCUUUUUGGGAGGCAUGACCGGAGCUGCCUUUCACAAUAUUGUCCAGGGAUUGUUCAAAUUGUCCGCCACGGCCAGUCCCUUUUUCUUGGCAGACGUCCAAGCCUAUGCCCUGGUGGGAGCGGCAGGAGUCUUGUCGGCCUUGUUCCGGGCACCUUUGACUGCUACAUUGCUAUUGUUUGAAUUGACACGGGAUUACAAUGUAAUUUUGCCCCUCAUGGCCACUGCGGGCGUUGGAAGUUUGGUGGGUGAUAUUGUCGAACGGACCUUUGAAGAAAAGCGACGUGAUCGAGAUUCGUCCGUGUCGUGGGGUGAUUUGGCCACCGAUGACAAUAAUGACGGCAACGUAGAAGAAAAGUAA